ACGUCGUGUCGUGUGUACUGUACUUUAUCUUAAGACCUGGGUGUGCUGGUGCGGAAUGUGAACUCUGACUUGACUAUGUGUAAACCUUUAUCGAUAUAGCUACGUAUUCGUAUAGAUAUUAGUUCAAAAUCAAAUUGAAUCUGUGAGGUGCGAGGCUUAAAUAUGCCUCUUUUUGGUAAAAAGGAUUUUGGUAGAAAAUCAAAAAAAGAUGGUCGUGAAAACGAAAAACAGCCAUCCAUUGAAGAUAAAUAUAUAGUUAAGGAUCUUUUAGGCACAGGUGCCUUUUCUGAAGUACGCUUAAUAGAGAGCAAAGAAAAUGGACAGAUGUUCGCGUGUAAAAUUAUAGACAAAAAGGCCUUAAAAGGAAAAGAAGAUUCCUUGGAGAAUGAGAUACGUGUUCUGAAAAGAUUUAGUGAACAAUCGAAAGUUGAAGGCGGAGAGAAAAAGAUGUUUUCUCAUCCUAACAUUGUCCAGCUGUUAGAGACUUAUGAGGACAAGAAUAAAGUUUAUUUGGUCAUGGAGUUAGUAACCGGCGGAGAAUUGUUUGAUAGAAUCGUUGAAAAAGGUUCAUACACCGAAAAAGAUGCUUCCAAUCUUAUAAGACAGGUUUUGGAGGCUGUUGAUUAUAUGCAUUCUCAAGGAGUCGUACAUAGAGAUCUAAAGCCAGAGAAUCUUCUAUAUUAUAGUGCUGAUGAAGAAAGUAAAAUCAUGAUAAGUGAUUUUGGUUUAUCAAAAAUUGAGGAUUCAGGAAUAAUGGCUACAGCAUGUGGGACUCCGGGAUAUGUAGCACCAGAGGUUUUGGCACAAAAGCCAUAUGGUAAAGCUGUUGAUGUGUGGAGUAUAGGAGUAAUAUCAUACAUAUUGCUUUGUGGAUACCCUCCAUUUUAUGAUGAGAAUGAUGCAAAUUUGUUUGCUCAGAUAUUGAAGGGCGAUUUCGAGUUUGAUUCACCUUAUUGGGAUGAUAUUAGUGAAUCUGCUAAAGACUUCAUAAGGCAUUUGAUGUGUGUGGACGUGGAAAAAAGAUACACUUGCAAGCAAGCAUUGGCUCACCCAUGGAUCUCUGGUAAUGCUGCUAGUAACAAGAAUAUCCAUGGUACUGUAUCUGAACAACUCAAGAAGAACUUUGCCAAGUCUCGCUGGAAACAAGCGUACCAUGCCACCACAGUCAUCCGACAGAUGCAGAAGAUGAUCCUCAGUAGCAGCAGCUCGAGUCGUAAUGCCAACCAACAACCCAAACAAUAACUGACUUAUCGCAACAUGGAGAUUGAUGAAUUGAAUAUUUGCUUGGAAACUAGCUUGGUAAUGUACUUAAAAUAUCUUUAUUUCUUCUACAUGACACAAAUUCGUUAUAACUUUCGACUGCGCGCGUUCGUUGCAUAGUUAAUUGGCCGAUUUACUUUAAUUGAAGUUCAUUGCUUCUGAAGUGAUUGCUAGCUGACUUUAAAAUUGUGUCAUUGCCUUGUAUCAUUGUGACAUGAUUUUUGCAUUGUUAUAAAAAAAAUAUUUUAAGUAAAAUAGUAGAUAUUGAUUGAAUUCAAUGAAGAUUUUUUCAGAUAAGGCUAGUCACAUAAUGACCUUUAAUUAGACUUCAAAUGAAAAAUAAUCUUCUAGUAGAAUAUUGUCUUCAAAUUGCUCCAAGAUCUGUUUUUACUUACGUAUAAUUAAUCAAUGCCGCUGAGUUGAUAAAGGUCUAUUGAGAUAAACUAUGACUUUAAUGAUUCUAACAUAACUUGUUUGUUUUACCAAGUAUCAUUUGACUAUGUUUACAACAAAAGAAAAUUGAACAACAAUAUGUUCAUAUCUAAAAAGGUUUUCUUUACUCGGAAUCUCAUUUCUUUCUCUAUCUUAAAUAUAUAUCUGAGAAUAAGCAGUGUCAUGACAUUGUAUAUUUAAUAAUUACAUAUUAUAUGAUACAAACCCCAUUAUAUUAAAAUCUUAAGCAUUGGUAGAUUGUUAACAAUUUCAAAGUCUUAUUAAUAAAAUUGUGUAGUUUAUUUUAACAAGUGUUACAUGACAUAAAGAUCUACAUUUUAAUAAAUGAUAUAAAUAUUAAUAAUUACUAAUAAGUAAAUAUUGGCUUAUUAGGAUUGUGAUCAGUAGUAUAUGUAAAUUGGAAAACUGAUUAACUAUUUUCUAUAUUAACUUUGAACAUUCUAAAUACAAGUCAAAUUAUUGCAAAAAAAUAUGUCUUUCACACAGUAAAUCUGUUCAAAUAUUUACAUAUAUAAUUCAUUGUUGUGGGUGGUUAAUAACUUUGUAUGGAUAAAAACUAAAAUGCUUGCAUUGUUAUUACGAUGAAUUUUAAUAAAUUAGUAUAACUUCCUAUCUAUUCUAUGUAUAUUGUAUACCAUUAUAUUCGAGUAUAAUCUUCAUUAAUAUAUAAGAGUUUAAAAUUUUAUGCGAAAUAUGCUAUGUUUAACUUUAGAGUAAAUAAAAACAUAUAUAACUAUAGGCUAAAAUAUAUACUGCAUAGUUUUAAUGCUGAUUCCUUCCUAUCUUUAAACUCAUUUAUCUUCUAUUUCAAAGGAAUUACAUAAAACUAUAUCACAUUUUAAUUAUCCAAUAGCACUUGGAAAAUUAAUAUUUUUAACUAUAAUCAUAAACAAUUAAAUAUUUUUGUG